AUGAUCUCAAUAAUUUGUUUGGCAAUGCUGCUUCCUGAAGUGGUUCACAGUGCAGAGGGCCACUAUGCUCAGAAGCUCCUGAAUGAUUUGAUGGAGAAUUACUCCAGCGCGUUGCGGCCUGUGGAGGACACAGACAGAGCCCUCAAUGUCACCUUACAGAUCACCCUCUCCCAGAUCAAAGACAUGGAUGAGAGGAACCAGGUGUUGAUUGCCUACCUGUGGAUUAGGCAGGAGUGGCAUGAUGCCUACCUGAGGUGGAAUAAAGAAGACUAUGAUGGACUGGAUGUCAUCCACAUCCCCAGCAGCCUGGUGUGGAGGCCUGACCUUGUCCUCUAUAAUAAAGCUGAUGAUGAUUUCUCAGGGCCGAUGGACACCAAUGUGAGGCUGCGCUACAAUGGAGAGAUCACUUGGGAUGCUCCUGCUAUCACCAAGAGUUCCUGUGUCGUGGAUGUCUCCUAUUUUCCAUUUGAUAGUCAGGAAUGUAACCUCACAUUUGGUUCUUGGACCUACAAUGGCAACCAGGUAGACAUUAUUAUGGGCAUGGACAGCGGUGACCUGUCAGACUUUGUAGAAAACGUGGAGUGGGAGUGCCAUGGUAUGCCAGCCACCAAGAAUGUCAUAAUGUACGGCUGUUGCUCUGACCCAUAUCCAGACAUCACUUACACAGUGCUCCUGCAGCGCCGCUCCUCCUUUUACAUCUUCAACCUCCUCCUCCCAUGCUUCCUAAUCUCCUUCCUGGCUCCUCUGGGUUUCUACCUGCCUGCCGACUCCGGGGAGAAGGUUUCCCUUGGGGUGACUGUUCUCCUGGCUCUCACUGUGUUCCAGCUAAUGGUAGCUGAGAGCAUGCCUCCCUCAGAGAGUGUGCCUCUUAUAGGAAAGUACUAUAUUGCAACAAUGACCAUGGUCACAGCCUCCACAGCUCUCACCAUCUUCAUCAUGAACAUUCACUUCUGUGGUGCAGAGGCCAAACCAGUUCCUCACUGGGCAAAAGUCCUCAUCAUUGACUACAUGUCCAAGAUUUUCUUUGUUUAUGAAGUGGGUGAGAACUGUGCCUCUGCCUCUUCUUCAUCACCACAUUCCCUCCAGGAUGAUGUCUGCAACCAGCAAAUCAACAGCCACAUUCAUGCGAAUGGUGAACCUGGUAUCCACCGCAGGCAAGAGGUCCGGCAGAGUCACAAAAAUGGCGGAAGACAACCCUCCAAGUCGCAACAGCAUCACAGAGUGAAACCCCAGCAUCACAUCACGAGAGAAGAGAACAGCCACUUCUGUAGCUCCACACCGGGAAAGUAUGAAAGCUCUAACGGUAAAAUCGCUCUGAAUGACUGCUGCAUAGACGACCAGAAAGUUCCAUGUUAUCCGAACGACCAGAAGCCUCCCUGCUGCCCUGAAGACAGAAAGCCUCCAUCUCAAGGUCCCAUUGUCACCUUUGGUCCCUGUGUGUUCUGCAGCCACAGUAGUGCCAUUCCAAAUGUGGACACCAAGCUGGUGCGCAAUGUCGAGUACAUUGCUAACUGUUUUCGAGAGCAGAGGGCCAUGUGCGCCAAGGGGGCAGAAUGGAAAAAGAUAGCAAAGGUGAUGGACAGAUUCUUCAUGUGGAUUUUCUUCAUCAUGGUUUUCCUCAUGAGUAUACUGAUCAUGGGCAAGGCAAAGUGA